GCCUUGUGCUGAUUCCUCCUACGACUCGUCAUCCCCUUCUCUUUCAACGAUUCUAAAAUAUUCACACACACACACACACACACACACACACACACACACAGACAAACAGAUCAGAUUCAAAACCGGUCUAAACACAGUGUGCUAGGGUUUUUCCCAUAACCGAACACAGACGAGACAAGCCACAGUUUUUCACCAUGAAAAAAAAUCCACAAAUGAUCUUAUAAUUCCCAAAACCUCACCUUUUUCUCUCUCUCUCUCUCUCACAGACACACAUACAAAACACUUCUUCAGAUCAGUUGGUCGCAUCAAAUAUGGGGGUGAAAAUGGAGAAGAAGGAGGAUGUACCAUCAUCAACCAAUUUCUUCUCCCUCAAAACAUUCAAGCUGAAAACGAAGCAACAGGAGCUGUUGAUCCGGGUCACGAUCCUCUUCUUGGUCUAUAUUUUGGCUUUUAUCACUAGGCUUUUCAGUGUGCUACGUUACGAGAGCAUGAUCCACGAGUUCGAUCCCUACUUCAAUUACCGUACCACUCUGUUCUUGACUCAGAAGGGUUUUUACGAGUUCUGGAACUGGUUUGAUUCCGAGUCUUGGUACCCAUUGGGUCGGAUCAUUGGUGGGACUCUCUACCCCGGUCUCAUGGUCACUGCUGCUCUGAUUUAUUGGGCUUUGCGAUUCCUCAGGUUUGCAGUCCACAUUCGUGAGGUCUGUGUAUUGACUGCCCCAUUCUUUGCGUCCAACACCACUCUAGUUGCAUACUUCUUUGGGAAAGAGCUUUGGGAUUCAGGCGCCGGGCUUGUCGCUGCAGUGUUGAUUGCCAUUUGUCCCGGUUACAUCUCGAGGUCUGUGGCAGGGUCGUAUGAUAAUGAGGGGGUUGCAAUUUUUGCUCUACUGCUUACAUUCUAUCUGUUUGUUAAGGCAGUGAAUACGGGUUCCCUCGCUUGGGCUUUGGCCUCAGCUUUUGGGUACUUCUACAUGGUUUCUGCAUGGGGUGGCUAUGUUUUUAUAAUUAAUUUGAUCCCGCUGUAUGUGAUGGUUCUGUUGAUUACUGGGAGAUAUUCAAUGAGGUUGUAUGUAGCAUAUAAUUGCAUGUAUGUGUUAGGGAUGUUGCUCGCAAUGCAGAUUCGAUUUGUGGGUUUUCAGCAUGUUCAGUCUGGAGAGCAUAUGGCUGCGAUGGGUGUGUUUUUCUUGAUGCAGGUAUCAAAUUUUGACUCUGUCCAGUUUGCAGAUGACUGCUUCAAAUCUUUUGCUUCUAAGUCCCUUUUUUAUGUGGAGAAGUGUCGUUGCAAGUUACUUGCACUGUUAUUAUAUCUUCCUUUGUUUUCAAUAGUUGAUAUUAUUAUUAAAAAUGAUUUUGCAUAA